AGUGCUUAGGAUAUACAAAACGAGUGGAUGCUGUCGCCACGAGCCAAUGAACGCUGGGCUGGAAGACCACGUGACCAGUCUGGUGCUGCCCUCUGGGUUCAGGUGGGGCGGCUGGGAGGCUGUUGCGCUCACCUGGGUUAGUGGCGCUGUGAACAGUGAGCAAGAUGGAGAGACGCAGAGUCGUCCAUUCACGAGAUGAUUCAGGAAAUUCCUAGUGGCCUGUCAAUACUCUAGAGCGACAGUGUGGGGGGCUGCGUGCGGAAAUGCAGCUGCGUCGAAAGAAGGUUCUGCUCCAGGAGAGAUUUUAUACAAUGAUGCCAAUUCUGUGCCAUAUGUAACAGUAAUUUAGUACCUGGAGGUGAAGUAGUGUGUUCGUGUCAAUAGUGCUAAAGUUGACAGUCGUGUGUGCCAUACAGUGUUGGCGGGGGAACCGGACAGCCAACGCGGAGUGGUUGAGGGAGUGAGCGGCGAGUGUCUGGUUCUGGCGAGAUGAGCGACCCAGCGGCCAGACGGUAGUAGUGGGCAUAACCAGCUCGCUGACAAAUAGCUACUGAAGCCCCGUCUGGCCAGCUCAGUGGCCAGGGCGCACCACAGACCCAAGCCUCAGUCUCAUCCCAUGUGUGAGGAACCCUAUCCAGAGCUACCCUAUGAUCCAAGGUGGCUACCGCGCGCUCCAUUGGGGCAGCCGACCCGACACCGCCCGUUAGGAUGGCAACUCUAGGGCUCUCAAAAGUCUUUAUUCUUGAUAAGUACUUUACGGAGCUCCAAAAAUUCUGGGAAACGGAGAAGAAGCUUCAAGGUACGUGUGAGAGCGGCGUGGAGGUGCGCGGUGUGUGCUCAGAUGCGUGUGGGACGAGUGAGGCGGCGCAGUUGGAGCAGCGGUUGAGAUCCCUCGGGUGUGAGCUGGUUACUCUGCGGUCGAGACUCCCGCCCGCACUCCACCAUUCCCGGCCCACCACACCGCCGGCCCCCAUCAUCAACACCACCACCAACACCACGCUCACCGCCUCCUCCGCCAACUCAUCAUUUCACACUGCAAACAAUAGUAACAACAACAAUAACAAUAACAAAAACAACGCCACCUCUCCCUCCAACAAACACUCCUCCCCCAACACCAGCCCCGCGUCCCCGUCCUCCACAACGGCCACAAACAACAACAAAAACGUUCAGGCCCACAACGGCACCGCUCCGCUGCUGCCGCCCAACUUCCCUGUAGGCGGCGGGACACCUUCGUCGGGAGGCUCCGAGAGUCGCAUCACGCUCAACAGCUCCAACCUGGCAGACGGCCUCAACUCUUCACAGUCGUUCCUGGCGGAUGGUAGCUGCGUGAAGAGCGGCAUGACCGGUGGAGUUCAAGAAGUGGAGGACCUCAUCCACUUGGCUGGUCCACUCACAGAGGAUGCCGUCCUAAAGACCCUCCAUGCCAGGUUUUGCUCAUCUCACUACUUUACUAAUGUGGGUCCAAUUCUGCUGUCAGUAAACCCUUACCAUGAAGUGGGGAAUGCCCUCACUCUCACUUCCACUAGGGCUGCUGUCCAGAGUCCACACCUUUUACGGGUCGUCCAUGAGGCAGUACGCCAGCAAAGCGAGACAGGCUACCCCCAAGCCAUCAUUCUCUCAGGUGCAUCAGGGUCAGGCAAGACCUACACGUCGAUGUUGUUGCUGCGGCAGCUGUUCGAUGUGGCAGGCGGUGGGCCAGAGACAGAUGCCUUCAAGCAUUUGGCAGCUGCUUUCACUGUGCUCCGCUCCCUAGGCUCAGCAAAGACCACAUCCAACUCAGAAUCUAGUCGUAUUGGUCAUUUCAUUGAAGUGCAGGUGACAGAUGGAGCGCUUUACAGAACGAAGAUCCACUGUUACUUUCUGGACCAGACACGAGUGGUGCGUCCACUUCCAGAUGAGAAAAACUACCAUAUAUUCUACCAGAUGCUGGCAGGACUUACACAGGAGGAACGAGCCAAGCUUAACCUGGAGGGCCACAGUGUCAGGACCCUGCGGUACCUUAGUGAAGGGGAUGUGAGGCAAGAUGAGGCUGAGGAUGCACGCAGGUUUGAGGCGUGGAAGGCAUGUCUUGGAGUUCUGGGAAUCCCCUUCUUUGAUGUAGUAAGGGUUCUGGCUGCUGUCCUCCUCCUUGGCAAUGUUACCUUCAUUGAAGGGCAGGGACUUGAGGUGGACAUCCAGGGAGGCAGUCAUGAGCUUAAGAGUGUGGCAACCUUGCUUGGGGUGUCAUCAGCAUCACUGUACCGAGGCCUCACCACACGUACCCACAAUGUUCGAGGUCAGCUGGUCAAGUCCAUGUGUGAUGCAAACAUGUCUAAUAUGACGCGAGAUGCCCUUGCCAAGGCGCUGUACUGCCGCACAGUUGCUACCAUUGUCAGGCGGGCAAAUUCUCUCAAGCGGCUGGGUUCUACCUCAGGCACUCUCUCCUCUGACAGCAACGAGAGUGUUCAUCACCACGGGGAGGUAGCGUCCCAGCACGCCUCCACAGUGGGCACUGCCGGAUCCAAGGCAUCUAAGUCCAUGAGUGUACUGAAUAAUGCUGUGAAGCAUGCCACAGAUGGCUUUAUUGGCAUUCUUGACAUGUUUGGCUUUGAAGACCCUAAGCCUUCUCAUUUGGAGCACCUGUGUAUCAACUUGUGUGCUGAGACCAUGCAGCAUUUUUACAAUACACACAUCUUCAAAUCUUCCAUUGAGUCUUGUCGAGAGGAAGGCAUCACAUGUGAGGUUGAGGUUGAUUAUGUAGACAAUGUUCCAUGCAUUGACCUCAUAUCAUCCCUGCGAACUGGUCUGCUGAGUAUGCUGGACGUGGAGGGCUCAGUGAGGGGAACCCCAGAGAGCUACAUCCAGAAAGUCAAGGUGCAGCAUAAAGGCAAUGGGAGGCUGUUUGAGCCCAAGGCAAAUCACAUCAGGUCAUUCGGCAUCCACCACUUUGCUAGCAGAGUGAUUUAUGAUGCGUCAGACUUCCUAGAUACAAAUAGGGAUAUCAUCAGUGAUGACCUGGUGUGUGUCUUCCACAAGCAGUCCUGCAAUUUUGGAUUUGCCACCCACCUGUUUGGCUCAGAGCUGAAAGCACUCUUCUCACAAGAUCCAGUUCCUAGAGGAGUCUCUUUCCGUAUCAGCCCCACAUCCCACACAGACCUACAAAAUGGAGAUGAGCCAGUGUCAACACUGACGCAAGAUUUCCACACACGACUUGACAACCUUUUGAGAACACUAGUGCAUGCCAAGCCUCACUUCAUCCGCUGCCUCCGCUCAAACUGCUCCGAGAAGCCUGGCCACUUUGAUCGGGCUACUGUCAUCAAGCAGAUUCGUGCAUUGCAGGUGCUGGAGACUGUGAACCUAAUGGCUGGAGGUUAUCCUCACCGAAUGCGCUUCAAGACAUUCAACUUGCGCUACCGCUUGCUUGUGCCAUUCAAGAAGCUCCGUCGAGUCGAGGACAAGACUGUGGAGGACUGUAAGCUGAUCCUAGAGUAUUUUGUACGAUCUCUGGAGGAUGUGAACAGAUCCUCAACAGUGGCUAUACAGUGGGCCUUGGGUAAACGCCAUAUAUUUCUCAGUGAGGGUGCCAGACAACAGCUGGAAAUGUUGCGGAUAGAGAUGCGGCAACGAGCAGCAACUCUGUUACAAGCUGUGUGGCGUGGCUGGCAUUUCCGCAGACGUUGGCCCACUCUCAAAAGAAACCUUGAAUUGCGCGCACGUUCCCGCACAGUCAGACCUCGACCUCAGCCCAUUGCUGGGACGCCGCCACCUGACGUGAUGGAUCGGUGUGAUCAAAAGACCAUACAGCAAACCUGUUCCCUGUUUGGUCUUGACCUGACCGCCCUUCUGCAGGAGCGGCCACCACCAGUGCCGCCCAGCCGCUCCUACACCAUAACAGGGAACCACAAGAUGGGCUAUCCUCAGACACGGGUCAUGAAAAGAAAAUUUCCAGAGGAAGGUGGAGGUGACAGUGUGCUGCUGAAGGGAGAAUCUGUCGUAGUGGUGGGGGCAUCUUCAAGGCGUGGCCAUCUUCUAGUUGACCACCAAGGACAUUCCUUCCACGUACCCUUCCAGUAUAUGGAGCUCAAACCUUCUGCUCAGCCAGGGGUCAACAUAUAGGCCUUAUCAAGGGCCUUUUUCUUAAGUGAUGAAAAUGAGUGCUCACUCGGCAUCCUAAGGCUUUGAGGACCAUAACCGGAGCUAUAUGCUGGACAUACUGGCUUGCUCAUUGACAGUUAAGUGGUCAUCUACCAUAGUGCUGAGGAGACUCACAGUUCAGGGAAUGACAUGAGUCAGAAAGAAAUUACAAUCUUCUUAUCUAUAAUAAUUGUUCCUGGCAUGCUGUAGGAAAUUGUGGCUGAGUUGUACUCCACACCCGCCACCUCACAGAAAUGGGGACUCAACGGGAUAGAAGUGGACAAGGCUCGGUGUGUGGCAUUAAGUGGAGGUUACAUUACAAAGGGACACUGGAAGUGAGACUUGCCUGUGUGUCUCAGUGUUGCCUUGAACUUCAACUUGAGAAGAGAGGAGAUGGUGACUGAAGUGGUACACUGACACAUGGGAAGCAUCACAUAUGCUCCAACUUUCUCCUGGCCUCAUCCCUCUCUGGUUUUGUUGUUCAUUUGCCCUCCCACAUUAUACUCUACCCUCCUUACAUCCCUCAUCAAACCUCCAGGCCAUGUGUGACUGUCUAGUAUUUUGUAAGAGAAACAUGAACCUCUGUACAUAGAUAUUUGUAUGUGCCAAUAUUGUUAAGUAUUGUGUAAGUUUACUGAUAUACCUCGUUACUUAAUGUAUCGUCGAGUAAACAAACAAUUAUUUUGUACUAAAAGACUAAAGACUUGAGAGUGACAGACAUUGAAGAUAAUGCAUUUUGAUUCUUGGUGCUACCUGCUUUUAUAAUUUUCUCUCUCUCUCUCUCUCUCUCUCUCUCUCUCUCUCUCUCUCUCUCUCUCUCUCUCUCUCUCUCUCUCUCUCUCUCUCUCUCUCUCUCUCUCUCUCUCUCUCUCUCUCUCUCUCUCUCUCUCUCUCUCUCUCUCUCAGAAGUGAUCUACAGUAUUAACGUCCCUGCCACUAGCAACCCUCCCCUUCCCACCACUGUAUGUUGUCACUGUAUAGUUUUAUUCAGUUUUUUCUAUUAAUCAUCAGCUUGCAUUUAUUUUUUACCUGCUGAUCAUCCAUUCACAUUUUCCCUUGACUCAUCGUUUCCAUAUACAGGUAACCAUCACUAUAUGAUUAAUCACUUAUACAAUCUUGAACAUUCCAAACCAAUAAUAAAUAUAUGAUCCCCUACAAUCACUUAUAAUAUGAUCUGUCUGAGAUUGGUAGUACAAUCAUGUGAUGAUUAUGCUGCACAUUGAUGGUGCACUGCACAGGGAAGAGUGUUCCCCACCCACAAUAUGCUCAGGGUAUAUGUCAAGUUCCACUUCCUCUCUUCCCAUUGCACAAUUCAGUUCUGGGAAGUGUAUUAUUGUUACUGUAUUAGACAUGAUUUUAUCAACUAGUACCACCACAACCUGUCAACACAAAUUUCUUAAUGAGCAAGCAAUACAAAAUACUAUUGCACCACAAUUUUGUGCUUUGUUGAAACAGUUGUGAACAGGGUUGGCCUUUGGUCCUUGCAUUGUUCCUUAAUGCUGCAUUUAGCAGUCAUUCAUUCUUUUAGUAGAAAACUUAAUUUUGAAGGUGGGUAUCAAUGUUGACAUCCACAAAAAAGUAAGUUACUCUGAAAAACAAUGUUGUCAUUUGUUUGUCUUGGUGACAGCAUUAAGUUAACACUUUUCUUGUCAUUAUUCCAUAAGCAGAACAGAACAAUUAUUUAUAGUAUAUUUUGAUAUAUAAAUGUUUACUUUGCCUGCCUGCAAAACCAGGCAUGGGACAAACCUUUAGAGGGCUCUUGUGUGUGGAUUCCUGCAAUGUCCUGAGCCUUUUGGAGAAUCACUGACUGCCUUACCCAAUGAAUAAACUCAGAAGGCUGAAGGUGGAUAUAGUGGGACUCAGAGAUGAGGAGGGUUGGCAGUGGCAAGAGCAGUAGUGGGGGGUACACCUAUUACUGAUCUGGCAUAAGCAAUGAUGCGUGUCUUAAGGGGGUAGCUUUAGACAUCCCCAGCCAACUGCAGCCAUUAGUGGUUGCAGUUACUCUGGUUGAUAAGCAUUUAAUGCACUUGAAGCUGAAGCACACUCUGGACUUCACGUCUUGUUGAAAUGUAUGCUCCCACCGAGGUGUGUGAAACCAAGGUGUUCUACCCUAAACUCGACUCUGUAUUAAACCAGUGCCCCCAUGGGAUACACUCAUUGUCUUGGAUGACUUUAUUGUUACUACUAGCACUGACAGUAGGUUAAAAGUUAUGCAUGUCCCCAUGGUUCUGAUACCAGUAACACCAACAGCUCUCUGCUCCUGAAUUUUGCAAGAUCCAGGAGAUUGUGAAUUGCAGGUUCUUGAUCCCAAAGACCAGAGCUGCAGUGCUAGACUUGGUAUAGCAAUCUUGGAGGGGUAGCUAAGGAGCUUCACCACUGUGUCAAACUGGCGAUUACUUCAUAAGAUUGAGUUAAGGCUUAUUAACUGCAUAUUCUGUGGACAGCAACUCUGGGUACACAGGAAUGUGGCAUGCUACCCCGAAGCCAACAUUGGUCACCAGGUUGUUACUAAGAGGUAACCCUAAGUGUGGGAGGCCAAGGGGAUACCCAGAGUUCAUGGCAUGACCAAGUCAAUAAACCCUGCCAUGAGGUAGUUACUUAUGAUGGAAAGGGAGCCUGCAUGGAAACUUGCCAGGAGGAACCCCUGGAUUUGGCACCAUCGGGUGGGUGAGGUGAUGCACCUCAUGGCAUAUACCGGUACCCCUACUGAUUGAUAUUAUAUAAGGGUCUUGAGCAUCUGUGGCUGGGAAUGUAUUCCAAUUUAACACGUUAUAGUGAUAUGGAUACACAAUCAACCUCUUUACAGUUGAUCUUUGAGGAAUGAAACCCAAUCAUAAAGCAAAGGAUGCCUGUAUUUGAUAUAUCUACAAUUAUUUCCAUUACAUAUCACAGCUGAUUUAAUUUAUUUUCUCAUAAAUCCUUCUUUUUUCUCAAUAUAGUUUAUCAUAAUGUUCCAUAUCUCAUAGCUAUACUCCUACUUUUUUACUCAUUAGAGUUUAUCAUCAGAUUUUUUCAUCAGAAGUAUAUUGUCUUGCUUACUUCUCUUACUUCCACUAGUGAUAUAAUGAAUCAAGCAGUGAUAUAAUGAAUGUCUGACUGUCCUCUCACAGCUAGAUUCAUUGCUUCAUCUUCCCUCUAUCCCUGUGUAUACAUAUGUCGCAGGAUCUUCAACUUCAUCAUUUACCAGGGUUCUUCACCUACUCCCACCAUAUCCCUGGGUGUUCCACUCACCCUACCCCACUUGUCCCAUGGAUAAAAGCCCACCACACCUUUCAGAUGAAGCCAGUUACCUUCCAGUGAUGGUCAACCAGUAAGAGGAAGUGCUCAAUCUUGUACAUAGAAGUGUAGAUACUGUACAUGUGUGGCUCACGUACUAAUACUCAGUGUAACUUGUACAGAAAGUUUAGUUUCCAUAUAAGUUAGCAGUGACGGUUCUUGUCACGAUGUAGGAACAAGACUCGCAUGACCUGAAGCCCAGAGGUGCCCGGUGGUGCUCCCAGAUACCUUUUUUUAUUUCAUUUUUACUAUAUUUUAUUUUCAAGCACACCAAUCAGUGUGGUGUGGUCGGGUCCAGAUGUGGUCAGAUGCAUUCCCAGUGACCCCAGCUACAGUGUGAGAGAGGGAGAGAUACCCAGACAGACAAGAUUUAUGGAUUGAGCAAUGUGCCAAAUAUUCUUAGUAUUUUUUUACCAAUUUGUUAGCCUCUUCCAUGUUUAAUACUUAUAUAUCAUGGCAGAGGUUCCAUUCCUUUUUGUUCUGUCUGUAUAUUUACAUUUGUUAUUUGCCCCUUUAUUACUUCUCUCCAGCCUUCCUCCCAGCGAAAGUUUAUGGCAGCAGAAUGCUAGUGUGAUACGGCUCAAUAAUAAGCAAAGUCAUAGUGGCCUGAAACUGAGGCCUUUGCUAAAUCCCCUUCAGGGUUAUCAUUGGAUGAUAUUCCAUCAGGCAAAUGAGACAGGUCCUGGCAGUCUACAGUUCACAAAUUGCCUGUGAUGAACACCUCUAACAACAGGUGUUGUUCCAACAAGUAGAGCCACAUGGGCUGGUUGAGAGUGUCUCGACCCUCUGUACCCGGCUGUCUCUGCUGUAAGGUGCUGAAGUGUGCGUUAUGUGUAUGGAAUUUUUAGGGUGCAAACUACUGUAAGAGUUCCUGUUAAUAUUGGAUUUUCGUUUAAAAUUAAAACUUAACAAACAAGAA